GCAAUUCCACCAGUUACCCGAGUGGCACUUGGACACAAUACAUGGAUUACGGUUUUGUGCAGGAAAUUAAGAGAUUGGUGGCAUUGGGUUGCUGAAGGGGAACUACCUAUAGUCGCUUCACAUGGGGCUGAAAUUGAAGCUUAUAAUGCACUAGAUCCUGCAGUUCGUGUGGUGAUUUUGAAAGCAUUAUGUGAUAUUCGUGUUGAGCAAGAAGAUAUUCGUAACUACAUAGACGACUCCUUGAAACAAGGUGUUCGCCUUUCACUUUUCCGAAAAGAACGUAUUGGCGGUGAUUCUCAUGGAAUUUCGUACUGGUAUGAGGAUGAUCCUAUCAUUGGGCAUCGAUUGUACCGAGAGAUUAGAAAGGUUGAAGUCAAGAAAGGAAAGGGCAAGAAUGUUCCGGCAAUACCUCACUCAUGUUACCAGUGGGAAACUGUUGCAACUAAUUUCGAUGAAUUCGGGGAUGUUUCGGAGAAGCUAUUCUCGAGUAAAAAUAGAACAGAGGCUUCUGUUGGAAAGAAGUUGAAAAAUGACAUGCUUCCUGAGGUUGAGAGGGUCCACAAGAGGAAAGAGAAAUUGCUGAAGAAACAACAUAGACAGGCAUUGAUGCUUGAUAACAUGCUAAAUAUGGAUGGUCUUGGUGGGGGACGCGCCUUGCGGGGUAGGAAGCCUGUGACCUACACAUUUGAUGAUUACGAUCGGUCAAUUAAUGAGGCUAUCAAGCUAACCAAGAAGAAUCCACCAUCCCCAGAACCUACUUUGAGGAGAGAAGCUGCUACAAAGCAUGAAACUUCUACAAAUGGUAGAUUGGGUAGUCCUACACACUUGUCUCAACAUGUGUCUUUCAGAGUGCGUUCUCCUAAAUCACCUGAAUACGAUGAAUAUGACGAAGACAAUGAAGAUGAACUAUUAGAUCGAAGCAAUCGUAGGAGGCAGAGACCCCAACGCUAUUCUGCAUCAGAGUUUGUUGAAGCAAUAUCUGAAAAUGAGGCAGAUCUUGACAGUGAUGAUGAUAUAAUGGGUGAAGCAGUAUAUGAUGAAGAAUAUUUAAGGACACGGAAACAUCGGAAGGUGUCAAGUAGCUCGGAAGGAGAUGAUGAGUACCACUGGGAUGAAGAAAAUCCUGAAGAUGAAGAAGAGGAGGAUGAAGAUGAAGCAGAUUCCCUAAGUGCCAGUGAUGAGAGCGAUGAGCCACGGAGAUUUAAGAAACUGCCAGGUCGUACAAGAAGAGAAACCAAGUUGAGGUCAGUGGGCAACCUUCAGUCAGGUUUAAGACGCAGUAACAGGGCAACCAGAAACCGUAUCAAUUAUAGCCAUUUAGAGCUGUCAGAAUCUGAGCCCGAGUCAAUGAAACCUGAGAAGUCAAAUGGAUCCGAAGAGCAAUAUGAUGCAAGUGAUAAUGCUGAGUUCUCGAUGGGAAGUGAAAACACAGAGGAAAACUAUGACAAUCAGGAGGUGAAAGCUGAGCAACCUGUUGAUGUACCAUCUGAGAUGGCAGCAGCAGAUCAAAACAAUGUACCAAAGAGAACAAGCAGUCCAGAUCAAGAUGAUGUUGAAAGUGGAAGGAAAAGGCGCUUUCUUGAUCUUAAUGAGCUUGCCCCAGGUUCUGGAUUUGACGAUGGUCCCAAUUCAGUGAUGAAAGAUGAUGGUCCAGAUGACUUUUGAUGUUUUACUCUGAGAUCCUGUUGCUUGUAGUUUGGUCUUGCAGGCUGAUUAUCUGAUAGUUAACUCUGGAAUUUUUUGGGUCCGCUCCACGAUGGAAGCAAGGAGUUUCCCCCUGGUGAAUUUUGGCAACUGUGACGCAGUUAGUUUAUACCAAGGGGAGCUUAAUCAGAACUGAGAAAAUUAUGUAGAUUGAGUAGUCAAUUUUUUAGCAUUUCUACAUUCACCUAUGAAAAAUGGUGGGGGAAUUUGGAGAAGAGUUCUCUUUCUUGUUCGCUGUACAAUAACAUUAUAACUAAUACUGUAACAGAAAUAUCACUUCUAGAUGUUUAGAAUCAUUAAUUUAGUGAGGUGCCUGGUAUCAUUUCUCUCCGCAGUCGCUCAGUUUGGAUGUUGAGCCUGCUGAUAGUAUGACUGAAUUCCAGGAAGUUUGUAAUGCUUGUCCCGGUAAUGUUCUCCAAUUUUGAGUUUGUGCUACAAAAGCAGUUUGAGAAUCUUAUGAGUCCCACGCCGGAGCACCAGUAAUGUCAAAUACAGUGGUGACUUAAAACUUUCUACGUUAUGGCUACUGUCUAUUUUUCCCUGCAAA